UCUUCUCAGCUUUGGAUUCCGCUUUUCUGGCAAUCUAUUUAAUGGAAUGUGUGCUGAAAUUGCUUGUCUGGGGUCGACUCUACUUCAAAAACCCAUGGAAUGACCUGGACUUUUUCAUCAUUACGAUGAGCCUCAUUGACUUCCUGCUGCCACUCAUUGAGUCUACAGGGAACUUCAGUGGAGGUCAGGCAUCCACAAUCUUCCGCAUCCUCAAGCUCUUCAAAGGGGUCCGGGCCAUCCGAGCGUUCCGGGUCUUGCGUACCAUCCGCUUUCUCCAAAAUCUCCAGUCCAUCGUGUCCACCUGUCUCCAGUCUCUACAGUCUAUGGGGGCCAUCAUCAUCCUCAUGUUCACAUUCCUCUUCAUGUUUGCUGUCAUUUUCCGAGAGAUGUUCAACGAGUCUGACCCGCAUCGCUUUGGCACCAUGUUUCGGACAAUUUUCACUCUGUUCCAGCUGCUCACGUUGGAUGACUGGGCUUUCAUCUACUCUACCAGCCGAGACAACGGUGCACCACAUAUUAUCAUCUUCCUUGUCCUGUACAUUGUGGUGGAAUACUUCACUUUCCUCAAUCUAUUCAUUGCUGUCCUCGUCGACAACUUCCAGAUGACAAUCAAGAGACGGAUGGCGUCAAAGAUCCAAAAGUUCCAGGAUAUAUAUGAGAGCGAGAUGCAGUCAAUGAAGAAGUUAGAGCCCCAGCCCAUUGAACCACAGACCGAUGAGGAGUUCUAUGAAGAGGCCCUCAAAUUGACCUAUAGUGAAAAUAAGUAUGGAAAGAGGGAGAUAGAGCUGAUCACCAGCUACCUCAGACUGCUGGCAUCCAUAGAUCAGAACCAGCAGACUUUCCGCUCUCAGGGCUGUGUUCUGGAGCGUCUCAUUGACACCUUCUUUGAGGCAACAGAGGAGGACAGUCAGGGGAAUGACCACGAAUAGAGAAAUAAGGGUCAAACCUAGUAAAGAAACCCUUAUUGCUUUAUCCAGAUCAGUGAUGGCAACUCAGAUGUUAUACUUUGAGAACUCAUUAAAGUCAUGAAACCCA